AAUGCAUUAUCGUCUUGACGAGUUAUUCAGGGUCUCUUUCUUUGAAUGCAUUCAAGGCGGCCAUUGAAAUCGACACUCCUUACUGGCGGUUAUCAAGGGCGAAAGCCAUUUUCACGAAGUGCCACUGCUAAGCUACUUCGGAAUUUUCCUCGAAGAAAAUUCUAUCUACGGAGGGACGAAAAUUCUAUCCACGGAGGUAAAGACUUGGAUUUUUCAGUCAAUGCAUAUCGUCUUGACGGGAUUAUUCACGUUCUCUCAGACUUCGGAAAUUUCUUCGUAUGAAACAACCCAAAACAAAUCUGGUUUCUACUAUAUUAGCAACUUUGCUCACUGAGAAGGAAAAAGAACUUGACUAGUCUUUAAAUCUGAAGGAGCUUCCCUAGAUUUCUCCAAAUCGAGUUGCUCUGUUUUAGUUCUAUUUUGCAAUCAUGCUCGGCCAAGCACUCUCUUUCUUUUCAUGCAUUAUCACCUAUAUGCUAUUGCAUUUGCUUCCCCACUGCACUUCCCUCUCGCCAGAAGGCGUAAUUUUGCUUAAAAUCAGAAAGGGAGAUUGGAGGGACACCAGUAAUGCUUUGAGCAACUGGGAUGAGUCUCACCAAACUCCAUGCGCUUGGAAAGGAAUCUCUUGUGAUACAUUCAACAUCGUUACUGGUGUUGAUAUCACCGGUGCGCUGAUUUAUGGCAACUUGACUUCUGCUAUAUGCACCCUACCCAAUCUCACAGUGUUGACUCUCCAAGCCAAUGCUUUCACCGGUCCUUUCCCACAUGCCCUCCUGCUUUGCAAGCGCUUGCGAAAGCUCGAUUUGUCGAGCAACCAGUUUGCUGGAACGCUGCCCAGUCAUAUCUUCCAAUUGAGUGAGUUGAGAGUCCUGAAUUUAUCAUAUAAUGCUUUCAGUGGCUCCAUUCCUCCAGCCUUCGGAAUACUGCCAAAGAUGGAAGCUCUCUUCUUCAACGAAAAUAGCUUGAGUGGGUCAUUCCCUAAGUUUUUGGGGAAUUUGGAGUCUCUGAAGAACUUCGCGAUUGGCAGUAAUCCUCUGCGUCCUGGCGUGAUACCGAGAGAGCUUGGCAAUUUAAAGCAGCUGCAGCAGUUAUGGCUAAAUAAUUGCAGCCUUAAAGGAGAAAUCCCGACUUUCCUGGGCAAUUUAACGAAGCUAGAGGACCUGGAUAUUUCUGAGAAUCAUCUCUCGGGCAUUAUCCCGAGUUUCCUGGGCAAUUUAACACAGCUGAAGUGGUUAGAUUUGUGGCAGAAUAAUCUCUGGGGUGAUAUCCCGACUUCCUUGGGCAAUUUAACGCUGCUGGAGAACUUGGAUUUGUCGCGGAAUCUUCUCGGGGGCCAUAUUCCGACCAGUUUAAUGGCGCUCUCAAAUUUGAGAGUACUGUAUCUGUAUGCAAACAACUUGACUGGACGAAUUCCGGCGGACAUUGACCGAAUGGCAAGCUUAUCCAAUUUGGAUCUUUGUCACAAUCCGCUUUACGGCACAAUUCCUCGUACAAUUGCCAAUCUCACAAAUCUGAGUGAUCUUCGCCUGUGUUUCACUCAGCUUGCCGGGACGAUACCUGCUGAGCUUGGCGAGCUACGAUACUUGAGUGUGUUGAUGCUGUACAAUAACAAGCUUAAUGGCUGGUUACCCCAGAGUUUGGGUACAUACUCCAAUUUGAGAAAAGUUGAUCUGACGGAAAGCGGAUUGGAAGGCCCUCUGCCAAAGAAUCUGUGCAUGGGAGGAGAACUGAAUCCGUCCUUUGAAGACUGCAGUUCGCUAGAGCAUGUGGGCGUCGACAACAACCAGCUGAGUGGUGUGAUUUCUCCGGGACUAUGGGGGUGCUAUCAAUCUCAAGAAAUUGUUUUUAUACAACAAUAAGUUUGA